AUGCCUAGCGUCCAGGACAUCACAAACGGCGUCGACGAGCUCGACAUCAUCGACGACGCCGACAUCGACUUCUCCGACAUUGAACAGAAAUACUCGGUCAAGUUCGACGAGGGCCUCGACGAUGUCAUCGUCAUCGAGGGCGUCCCCGUCAUCACCGAGUCGCGCCAGCAGAAGCUCUUCGAGACCAUCCAGAAGCGCUUCAAGACUCAGGCAGGCAUCGACAUCGCCGUCGACGGCAUGCACAUCCCCUACGCAGACAACGGCGAGUCCAAGGGCUACCUCUUCGUCGAGAUGGCCUCCGCAGAGGACGCCGCACAGGCCAUCCGCCAGAUGGACGGCUACGCCUUCGACAAGAAGCACCGCUUCUCCGUCCACCGCUUCACCGACGUCGAAAAGUUCGCCAGCCUCUCCGAGACCUACGAAGAGCCCGCCGAGGAGGAGUUCAAGCCGCGUGAGCACCUCCGCUCCUGGCUCGCCGACCCGGCCGGCCGCGACCAGCUCGUCAUCUGCCGCGGCGACGACGUCGAGAUCGCCUGGCACAACCGCUCCUCCGAUCCCCAGGUCGAGCACAGCCGCCCGCGCUGGACAGAGAGCUACGUCCAGUGGUCGCCGCUCGGCACCUUCCUCACCACCUUCCAUCGCCAGGGCAUCCAGAUCUGGGGCGGCCCCUCGUGCGAGCGCUUCAUGCGCUUCCCGCACCCGGGCGCACGCCUCGUCGACUUUUCCCCGAGCGAAAAGUUCAUGGUCACCUGGUCCCACGAGCCCAUCCAGGUCCCCGACAACGCUCCCAUCGGCCCCCAGUUCUUCGGCCCCGAGGACGAGGGCAACCGCAUCGCCGUCUGGGAGGUCCGCACCGGCCACCUCCUGCGCACCUUCCCCGUGCCCCAGGAUGAGAACGGUCAGCCCGGCCAGCUCAAGGGCUUCUCCUGGCCCUUCCUCAAGUGGAGCCCAGACGACAAGUACUGCGCGCGUCUCAACCCCGGCCAGGCCAUCAGCGUAUACGAGACACCGUCCAUGGGCCUGCUCGACAAAAAGUCGAUCAAGGUCGAGGGCGUCGUCGACUUUGAAUGGUGCCCCAUGGGCGACAAGGACCGCGAGGUCGCCGAGGCGGGCAAGCCCAACAAGAAGGCCCGCGACAACAUGAUCGUCUUCUGGCAGCCCGAGGUGGCCAACCAGCCGGCGCGCGUCACCGUCAUGGCCGUGCCCUCGAGAACGAUCCUGCGAUCCAAGAACCUCUUCAACGUCUCGGACUGCAAGCUGCACUGGCACCCGCAGGGCGACUACCUCUGCGUCAAGGUCGACCGCCACACCAAGACCAAAAAGUCGAUGUUCUGCAACCUCGAGAUCUUCCGCGUGCGCGAAAAGGAGUUCCCCGUCGAGGUCGUCGAGCUCAAGGACCCCGUCACCGCCUUCGCCUGGGAGCCUUUCGGAACCCACUUUGCGCUCAUCUCGAGCAACGAUCCGCAGCUCGGCACGCCGGCGCCCGGUAUCACCAUCAAGACCCAGCUCAACUUCUACCACCUCCAUCCCAAGGGCGACUUCCGCCCGCUCAAGGUGCUCGACAACAAGACGCUCAACACGCUCUUCUGGUCGCCGCGCGGUCGCCACAUUGUCGCCGCCACGCUCGGCAGCUCGCAAAAGUUCGACCUCGAGUGGUACGACGUCGACUUCAUGCACGAGGUGCGACAGGGCAACCCUUCGGCCGACCCGGCGGACGACGUCAAGCUGAUCGGCACCGGUGAGCACUACGGCAUCACCGACCUCGAGUGGGAUCCCUCGGGACGCUACGUCGCCACCUCGGCCUCCGUGUGGCGCCACUCGCUCGAGAACGGCUUCGCCAUCUGGGACUUCAAGGGCCAGGAGCUGCAGAAGCACAUCCAGGACCGAUUCAAGCAGAUCCUCUGGCGCCCGCGCCCGCGCACCUUGCUGUCCAAGGAGGACCAGAAGAAGGUGCGCAAGAACCUGCGCGAGUACUCGAAGCAGUUCGAGGAGGAGGAUGCGGCCGAGGAGUCGAACCUCGCUUCGGCGGAGCGCGAGCUGUACCAGCGCAUCCUCGAGGAGUGGAAGGCGUGGCGUGCGCGCUCGCGUCGCGAUCUCGAGCAGCUGCGCGAGGAUCUCGGACGCGAGGCGGUCGGACAGAGUGUCGACCACGCCAAGAAGCUGGCCGAAGAGGCGACCGAGGAGGUGCAAGAGUGGAUGGAGGAGAUCAUCGAGGAGACCGAGGAGGUGCUCGCCUGA